CAAAAAACCAUCACAGAGAUGAGAAUUCUGUGUAGAUUUCAGCUGAAGUGAGAUGAACAUCCAAGAACGAAUUCCACACAGGGCCCUGCACCCAAAACCAAUUUACUGAAUCAACGACGAAAUCCAAUGCUCAACGCGGUCCGAUUGAGCGAAAAUAGUAAAACGUUUUUAUGAAUGAAUGAGCCCCUAAUUAAUCGACAGGUUGGCUGAUCAAUCAACACAAGUGGUUGUUUGUGUAUGCGUGUGGGAUUCUCCCGCCAACGAGAAUACACCUCGAGCACAGAAUUAAAAAGCGAUGAUUCCAGGGAGAAAACGAGUUAGUUUAAUUCCAAUCACCUUCGAGAAUGGUUCUCGUUUAAUACAGCGGGCUGUUUAAAGCGUGCUUAAAUUUAUGUGGGAAACCAAUUAUGCACAAUGUCAGUGAUUCGAUCGAUUUUUGUGAUCUUUUUGGCGCACAUCUUGGCGCCUAGAUUUUCUAAUAGUGCUUUGGAAAAAAGUGUACUUCUAGCACAGGAUCAAAUGGUGGAUUUGACCAAUCAGUUGGGAUUUAGAAUUCUUUACUACCACUCCUUGGCCAAUAGGAACAAUGUAGCUCUAUCGCCAUGUGGUUUAGCAAGUGUUCUUGUGGCGCUCUUUGAGGGAUCAGAUGGACAGAGUGCUCUAGAAAUUCGUGAUACUUUGGAGUUACCUUGGGAAAGGGAUAUAAUUCGUGUGGGUUUUAGGGAUAUCCAUCGUCGAUUGCGAAGCUACUUUUACAAUCAGGAAAAUCUGCUCAGUGGUUUGAGCCUCAGCAAGGAGAAUGUUACCAUUCGACCAGAAUAUGAAACUCUUUUGAGAUUUUAUGGGUAUGAUCUCAUGUCUGGCAUGAUGCAUACAAGCACAGAAUCAUCCACGAAGGAAACAUCAACAGAACUCUCAACCACGGUUGGUACGACAGAGAGUACAACAGAAUCUUCUACUGAAUUAACAACAACCACAGAAAUGAUUACAACAACAGAAUCAUCAACAAAGCAGGAAACUACUGAAACUACCACACAAUCUACUACUCAUACACCAGAAAUGACAUCUACAAUGGAACAAACAACGACCACAGAAGCUGAAACCACUGAGACAACUACCAUUGACCCCACUAGGACUACAAAGUAUAUCUUUACCUUUACUCCUCCAAAUAUAAGUACAGAGAAUGAGGAGACAACAUCUGAAAUGUCUACAAUAACCACCACUGUAGAGUCCUCUACGAGGGACACGGAAGAAACGACGGCACCAGGAGAAAGUAUGGCUCAAAAUGAGGAAACAACUACAGAGAUAGCCCUUGGCAGGAGAAGACGCAGAAAACCUAAAAGACAGUCUCGACUUAUAAAUUAUAUCCGAAGGAAACGUUCUCCAAUUGAAUUUGUAAUCCCAGAAAUAGACACUCCUCCACCUUUUAUUCACUACAAUUCUAUUGCCACCCCAAAUCCCCAAUUCGAUGUUCCUCCUUAUCAACUAACGGAAGAGUCACGAGAGGAUGUGGAUCUAUUCUACCUCAGUCGCUUUGAGAGUGCUCAAGUUCCCUACAAAUUCUUCAAUACCAUCAUGAAAUUUGCUUAUAUAGAAUCCAUCCAGUCUACGAUUCUAGAAGUUGAGCUUGAUUCUGAUAACUACAAUCUCCUCUUGAUUUUGCCUGAUUACUACUAUGGUCUUGAUCGUCUCCUUGCUGCUAUGAAGACGCGCUUUGUACCCAAUCUCCGGGAACUUCGCACCGAAAUUCUCCAACCCACGUGGAUCAAAGCCAUGAUCCCAAAAUUCUUUCUCCAAGGUCGGAUUGUACUUACAAAUGAUCUGCAAAAUAUGGGUAUCCUGGACAUUUUUGAGCCUACUCGAGCUAAUUUUUCUCCAAUGACCGAUGAUGAAGGAAUUUACACAAGACACGUAGAGCAAGCGAUAACGGUCAAUAUUAGGAUCCAAACGAAUGAUAAUUUGAAAAGAUAUUCUUCAUAUUACAAAACACCUGUGGAGUUGGCCAUAAAUCGACCCUUCCUCUUUGUGGUAGCUGAUAAGGAAAAUCAUCUAGCGAUCAUAACAGGAACUGUGCUGAAUCCUUUAAAUUCGAGAAUUCAAUAAAAUAUGCUGAAAA